AUGAUUGUAGAUAACUUGCCUGUCUGGCGGAUUGGACCUCCUCAGGGCGACCAAAUCGUGCGUGAGUCGCUACUCUACGCUGCUUUGGAGCCAUUACAUACUACCCGGGGCACUGGAUACUCGAGCAGUUCGUCAGUCGAUUCUUUAUUCCAAACCUUGAUUCUCGGAGGAUCGGGUUUCGACCCUGAAGAUCUGAUGGGGGUUGAAAUUAAGUCGAGCUCCUUGGCCGCGACCCAGUAUCUCUACCGGAGGUAUAUGGCCUUGCAUAUCAACGCCAAUAUGCGCGAGACAUACGCCGCUGGUGCUCGACCCCCUGUCUACAAUGCCACUCUCUAUAGCGGCAUCGGGCUUCGCCUGAUACAGAACAACUCAUCCAAGAUUGCACUUCGAGGCAUUCUACGAACAAUGAUUCUCUUCAGCCUCCUGGCAUACGCGACAUUGCCGAUAUAG